UGAUUUUUUGUAACAUCCCGAUACUUGUGGACUUCUCCAGUUUCUCAGAGAGUGGAGCAGAGCUUUUCCUCGCCGCAGCGAGAUUCCACCCGUGAAGGUGACGACAGUCAAGAACAAUCUGGAUUGGAUUAGCCAAAGGAGAAGUGCGUGAAGAAAUGGAGAUGAUGAAUUUUCCAUCAACGAAUUGCUUCAACUGUUAAUUUUGGUCACUUUGUGUGCUCUGUGAAAAAUUGAGGAUCAAGCUUGAGGAGGAGACAGUUUAACAAGCAUUGCCAGGAACAGAGCACAAAGUGAGGAGCAGCACCGCACACAAAUUCUGUCAUAUGUGGUUGUGGAUGCUGUGCAACAGGAAAUUAAUGUGUCAUAUUCAAUAAUUCCUGCCCUGUGGAGAACAGAGAGAGAGAGAGAGAGAAUCUGUGGCGUGGCGUUUGCAGUGACGAAUAGUGAUAGGAUAUAUUUUGUUUGGGACAAUUGUAACGACGGAAGGAAAUCAAAGUGGAAUCUGAUAAGGGAAUUCAUCGUGCUACAGUGAAGAAUGUCGUCCAGGAAAUUGGAAUCCCCACCAAUAUCUAAUCAAUAUUCAGGAAGUAAUGCAAUCUCAAGUGGAAAAUCACCUGUGCCGUCCCCUGAUCCAGAUAUUGAUGAUCCAAGCUCAAAGCGGCAGGCGACGAGAGUUUUCAAAAAGAGCUCAUCAAAUGGCAAAAUAACGGUGUACCUCGGAAAGCGCGACUUCGUUGACCACAUCACUCAUGUUGAUCCAAUUGACGGCGUGGUGCUGAUUGAUCCGGACUAUGUGAAGGACAGAAAGGUGUUUGGCCACGUGCUGGCCGCUUUUCGCUAUGGUCGUGAGGAUUUGGAUGUCCUGGGCCUAACAUUCCGGAAAGAUUUGUAUUUAGCGUCAGAACAAAUUUAUCCGACAACUGGGAGUGAUCGUCCACUGACGCGACUCCAGGAGCGACUGAUCAAGAAGCUGGGCCCUUAUGCAUUCCCCUUCUAUUUCGAGGUGCCGCCGCACUGUCCGGCCUCAGUGUCGCUGCAACCGGCGCCCGGGGACACGGGAAAGCCGUGCGGUGUGGACUAUGAGCUGAAGGCAUUCGUGGGCGAGAGUCAGGAUGAUAAGCCGCACAAGCGAAACUCGGUGCGACUGGCCAUUCGCAAGAUCAUGUAUGCACCGUCGAAGCUCGGCGAGCAGCCGUCGAUUGAAGUGAGCAAGGAGUUCAUGAUGAAGCCAAAUAAGAUUCACCUGGAGGCGAGUCUGGACAAGGAGCUGUAUCACCAUGGUGAGACGAUAUCGGUGAAUGUUCAUAUUGCCAAUAACUCCAAUAGGACUGUGAAGAAGAUUAAAGUUACCGUGCGGCAGUUUGCGGAUAUCUGUCUAUUCUCGACAGCUCAAUACAAAUGCACUGUGGCAGAAGUGGAAUCUGAAGAAGGAUGUCAAGUGGCACCGGGCUUCACAUUGUCCAAAGUUUUCCAAUUGACACCACUUUUGGCCAAUAACAAGGACAAAUGGGGUUUGGCACUUGAUGGACAACUUAAGCACGAGGACACUAAUCUCGCCUCGAGUACUCUGUCUCGCACGUCUGUCGAUGGACCGUAUAGAAUUGCUGAUCCGACACAGAGGGAGAACCUGGGGAUAAUCGUGCAGUACAAGGUGAAGGUGAAGCUGUGCAUAGGUGGACCCAUACUGGGCGGGGAUCUGGUGGCUGAAUUACCGUUUAUUCUUAUGCAUCCGAAGCCAGAGGAGGAGGACGUGAAGCCCAUCUUGUCGAGUCGGUCGCCGAGCAAGGGCGACAGGGGUUCACAGAGUCAAGGAGCCACGAACAAUUCUGAGAAUGCCGACGCAGAAGUUCCAACAACCAACCUUAUUCAAUUGGACGGGGAUGAAGUUGGUGGUGCGGAUGAUGAUAUAAUUUUUGAAGAUUUUGCCAGACUACGACUUAAGGGCGCCGAAACGGAAGCCUAAGUUUCUUUUACUUCUUUUAUAAAAGCUGUAUUGAUUGAUUAAACUUGUAAAGUGAAUAUGCGACACAUUGAAAAUUCCUCGCUUGAGAGAUCUUUUUUUUUUGUUUUCUUUAGAUAAACCAAUAGAAUUGUAGCAUUUUUGUAAAUGUUGAAGAGGGUGGAAAAUGAAAAAAAAAAUUGAACGAUACACAAACAUAAAUAGAAGAAGAAAUAUUAUAAUUAAAUAUCUCGUGUAAAGAGAGAAACCGAAUUACAAUAUCAUAUAUUUGAAGGAAAAAAAACAGUAUCAUGAUGAUGAAAUAAUAAUUUAGUAAAUAAAUAUUGCUACACUAUUGCUAUAUUGCAUAACAUACGAUUUUUAGGAAAAAUGCGCCGCACAGAAAUAGGAAAAUAACACAUGAAGGUGAAAAAUUUUGCAAGUAAAAUGAUAUAUUUGAGAAGGAGAAAGAGGGGCGAAAUGAUGUGCAUUUAAAGGGAUUAAAGGCUGUUUGUCCGUUCGAAUGCUUGUUAUGCAGACUCACAAGAAAGAGAAUCAAAGUUAGAAUUUCAACCUGAAUAACUUUUACUCUUUGGAGUAAAAAAAAAAUCUAGACCAGAAGACGCUUUUCCACGUGUUUUUUUUCUUUUUAGAGUGACGCUGACUUUCUUUGGAUUCCAGAUAAUUUUGCAAGAUAUUUCUGAACAGUAACGUGAGAUAUUUCAAUAAAACAGUCUUUCUUUCCUUCUGUGCCAUCAAUUUCGAGUCGUAUUUCUGAAUUAUAUUUUUUUUCGUGAGAAAAGGGCGCAAAUUGCAAUUGUUUUCUGUGGCUUGUGCCAAAGAGGGUGAGUUUUAGGGUGGAACAGACGAAAAAGUUGAGAUUUUACUUUGCACAUUUCGCAAAAGCGUGUGGAAAAAAGGAGAGAAUUUUGCAAGUGUAAUAAUGUUAAUUGAAGACGCUACCAAAGUAAACAAAAUAAAAGAAAAUUGAUAGAGAAACAUUUUUUCUAAUGAAAAAACAAUAUAAAUGAAAAAUAUUGUCGAAGAGAGAAGAUGGGAGAAAAGAUGCCAGAAAUAUUAAAAUAGAUUAAAAAAGAUGACGAGGAGAGAAAUUCUUUGGGGAGAUGAAGUAAAUAAACAUAGUGAAAUUAUACACAUAAUAAUUCAUAAGUGUUUCUAAAGAAGAUUUUAAUAAAAAAUGGAAAAUAUUAAUGUUUGUCCGCACAAUAUGUAAAGAGAGAGAAAAAAAAGAAGAUAAAUUCUCCAGUGAUGGAAAAUGAAGAUGAAUUAAUGUUGUUUUCAGAAUUAAAAAAAAAACAUAGUGAAAGAAGAAAAAAACCUUUUUUGCAAUAUAUUUCCCAUGUGAAAUAUAAAUGAAAUCAUAUAUUUAUUUUAUACGAUGUUGCUUUCUUGCAAUAUUUAUUCAUACAAUUAGAUUUUUUAAACGCAAGUUUGCAAUGAUUUUCUUAUGUCUACAAUGCAUUUAACACAAUUUUCCUAAUAGCUUUAAACACGUGGCAUUUUCUCUUCUUUGAGUAACAAAAAAAAGAAUAAGAUUAAGGAGAAAAAAUAUUGAAUUCAAUAAAUGCUGAAGAGAAAGAGAAACUAAUAAAAAAAACAUACUUUACAUGUUAUAAUAAAUGUAUUUUAAAUAUUGCCUUCCACUCUAAUUAAACUCACAUAAAGCGAAUUACAUUUUUUGACGUUUUCGAAAAGAAAGAGAGAAAAAGAGUAAAUACAAUUCUGAUGUUUUAAUGUCAAGAGAGGAAAAAAAAAUGAUGAUUUACAAGAAAUCUGACUAAAUUGGGAAUUAACUAAUCAUGGAUUUAUGAUUGUGAAAUGAAACUGAGAAGGGGAAGAAGAGAUUGUAUUUUGUGACCUUUCGGAGAGAGUUCUAAAGAAAAAGAAGCAUUUGAGAAAAUGCAAGAUUAUUUUUAAACUUGGAAAAAAGAAACAAAAUCUAUAAAUUUUGCCUAUUGAAAAAUCUAUCGAUGGAAAAAUUGAUGAAUUUAUUAUAUGUGAAG